AUGGCGGUGCAGUCGGUCCUCGCGGCGGGCCUCCUGGCGGCCGCGUCGGCGCUCGGUGCCAACGCCACGAAGACCAGGUCGGGCAGCUGCGACUGCCUGAGCUUCGCCGACGUCUACUACACGGAGAAGGCCUGGUGCGGCCGGGCGAACGAGCUGUACUUUCUCAGCAAGAACGGCUUCUCCGCGUCCUAUGCCGCCACCGAGCCCAUCACCGGCCUGCCGCACAAGGUGUGCGCCGACAUGUUCAAGAACUUCAAUCAUGGGGCAUGCCUGAACAUCGACCUGUACCCUUUCCCGGAGGACGAGAAGAGCGGCAAGCAGUGGUGCUACGUGUCGAACGACUGCGCAGACUUGAACGGGGGCGGGUAUGCCACCAACGCAGAGGGUUUUGCGCAGAGCAGCUGGCACAACCUGCAGACGGCGUCCUUCCAGCAGUGGAAGAUCUGUGACCCCACGGAGGCGAACACGGAGGCCAUGAUGGUCAAGCCAGUCACGACGGUGGUCGAGAUCGGCAAGGCCAGUGACGUUCCCCUGUCCCGCUUGCUGCGCCUCUCCUACCCCGCCGUCAACAUCAGCUGGGGUGAGGCCAAGUUCCUGUGGGACGCCAUCAACGAGGAGUACGCGGCGGACAGGACCAUCACGGAGAUGGUCGAUGCCAUCCCGCCGAUCAGUGGCUGGGGCAGCGAGAUCGAAGGGGCGCACGCCAGACUGCGCGAGAUCGCAAAGUCUGAGCAGGGCACCAUACUCGACUCCCCGGGCCACGGCGACAACUUCCACGUGGUCCAGGGCCGUGCCGCGUACGCGGUGACCCGGACCCCGCUCGGGAACAUGGCGUACUUGGGCGGCCAUUUCUCCAAGGAGUACGACGUCACUUGUCUCGUCGGCUGCGCAGAGCCCGAGGCCCGCGACGCCGUCGACUUGGAGACGAUGUGA